UUAUAAGACAUUGGGGCGCAGCAUACCUCAUUCAUGCCAGCCGCGCGCGCUGAUUGCAGCCAAUAAGAUUUUACAAUUAGCCCAAUCAGCGGCCAGCUUCGGGAUGUCACUGCGGGCGAGUCAGGAGGGUUUGUAAAACAAGACAGUCGCUGCGUCUCAGCAGAAAGCCACUGACUCACGCCUCUCUCCUCUGGUACUUGGGAGUCAGCUGCGAACCAGCAAACUCCGAAACAGCCGCUCUGACUGACCGACUGCAGCGCACACGGCGAGUCCCCAUUGCUGCGGCUGCUACUGCUUAUUCUGCACGCGGAGUUCCAGUUGCCGUUUAAGCGCGCUUUAAAUUCUGUCAAUCAGCACGUCAUGAUGGAAACUAUAGUACGAGCGACAGUUUUAACGGUCACCUCACCAGCGCUUCAGCUUUAGUCGUUGAUGGGAUUCUGAAGCUCGUCUGUCGUUUCUGCCUGAGGAAAUUAAACGCGGAGGAUCUUUGCGAUAACAAUAAGUGUGUGUGAUACUCGAAAACACAGCGAAUCGAGUGUUUUAACGGGCGUCUGGCUGUAUUUGUGGAGUAACGUUAAGUGAGUUGGGAUUCCUGUGAAGGUGCCCAUCAUCCGCAGUGUGAGCGCGACUGCGGCGGUGAGGUGAAAUACGCAGCGAGAACAGGUACAGAAUGUCCUCAACUUCACGAGAAGCCUGAAUACUGAUACAGAGUACGGGUAGCGAGUAGUGGACAGAGACAUUCUUCCCGUAAGGUAUCAGGACAAUGGCUUCCCACACCAGGAGAUGGAAUUUUUUCACUUUUUCUUGCUGCAUUAUUCUCCUUUUGGUUCCCCUUGUGGCUACGAGACCACAACAGCCUUCAGCAGCAACCAGAGUACGUGAGGAAUACAGUACCUUCCGGGCAGAGCACCCUGAAUGGACAUUUAAUCACCUUGCAGUGGACCACAGAAAUGGGAAUGUGUACCUGGGGGCAGUGAAUCGCAUCUACAAACUCUCACCUGGGCUGGACGUACAGGUGUCACAUCAGACUGGUCCAGAUGAGGAUAACCGGAACUGCUAUCCACCCCGUAUAGUGCAGCCUUGUAGCGAACCACUCACAUUGACCAAUAAUGUCAAUAAGAUGCUGCUCAUGGACUACCGCGAGAACCGGCUGCUGGCCUGUGGCAGUCUGUACCAGGGUAUUUGCAAACUCCUUCGUCUGGAUGAUCUCUUUAAGCUUGGAGAGCCCUUCCAUAAAAAAGAACACUACCUCUCUGGCGUCAAUGAGAGUGGCUCCGUGUUUGGGGUCAUCGUGUCUUACAGUGAUGCCACUACUGAUAAGCUUUUUGUGGCCACAGCUGUCGACGGAAGACCGGAGUACUUCCCGACAAUAUCCAGUCGUAAGCUCACCCGUAACUCUGAGGAGGAUGGGAUGUUCGCCUACGUCUUCCAUGAUGAAUUUGUUGCCUCCAUGAUUAAAAUCCCAUCGGAUACAUUCACAGUGGUGCCAGACUUCGACAUCUAUUAUGUCUAUGGGUUUAGCAGUGGAAAUUUUGUGUAUUUUCUGACAUUGCAGCCCGAAAUGGGGGGAGGCCCGACAACCGGGUCAUCCUCAGCCGGACGUGAACAGGUGUACACUUCCAAACUGGUGCGACUCUGCAAGGACGACACCGCGUUCAACUCGUACGUCGAGGUUCCUCUUGGUUGUGUUAAGGGUGGGGUUGAGUAUCGCCUGCUGCAGGCGGGCUACCUGUCCAAGGCAGGUACCAUCCUGGCGCGUUCGCUAGGCAUAGGACCUGAUGAUGACAUCCUUUAUGCUGUGUUCUCCAAAGGACAAAAAAGGAGGCCCAAGGAAUCAUCCCAGGAGUCGGCUCUCUGUGUGUUCACUCUGAAAGAAAUUAAUGAAAGAAUUAAGGACCGGCUACAGUCAUGUUAUAAAGGAGAGGGAACCCUGGACCUCGCCUGGCUCAAAGUGAAAGACAUCUCGUGCAGUAGUGCGCUUCUAACCAUCGAUGACAACUUCUGUGGUCUGGAUAUGAACGCCCCACUUGGCGUCUCUGAGAUGGUACGUGGAAUUCCACUCUUCUCGGAAUCCAAUGACAAAUUGACAUCCGUUAUCGCCUACGUGUACAAGAACCACUCUUUGGCUUUUGUGGGGACCAAAGGAGGUCGUCUGAAAAAGAUUCGGGUAGAUGGUCCUACUUAUGGUGCUUUGCAGUACGAAACCAUCCAGGUGGUCGAUAAUGGGCCGAUCCUGAGAGACAUGGCCUUUUCUGCUGAUCAGCACUUCCUGUAUGUGAUGUCAGAGUCACAGCUUACCCAUGUCCCAGUUGAGGCCUGCGAGCAGUAUUCGUCCUGCAACGAGUGUCUGGGUUCUGGAGAUCCUCACUGUGGCUGGUGUGUCCUUCAUAGCAUGUGCACCAGGAAGGAAAAGUGUGAGCGGUCAUCCGAGCCUCGCCGUUUCGCCUCUGAUAUAAAACAGUGUGUGAGACUCAGCGUUCAUCCCAACAACAUCUCUGUGUCCCAAUACAGUGUCAUGCUCGUGCUGGAGGCACAUAAUGUGCCAGAACUUUCUGCGGGGGUCAACUGCACCUUUGAGGACCUGGCGGAGAUGGACGGUCUGGUCGAAGGGAACCGCAUUACCUGCAGCUCUCCUGCGGAGAAGGAAGUUCCACGCAUUGUCGUAGACCAAGGUGACCAUCAGAUUGUCCAGCUCUACCUCAAAUCAAAAGAGACAGGACUAGCUUUUGCCAACACUAGCUUUGUCUUCUACAACUGCAGUGUUCACAAGUCGUGUUUGUCCUGUGUCGGAAGCCCAUACCAGUGCCACUGGUGCAAAUACCGUCACACAUGCACCCAUGACCCGAGCAGCUGCUCUUUCCAGGAGGGCCGUGUCAAACAGCCAGAGGAAUGUCCUCAGCUCCUUCCAGCAGAUCGUAUCCUUGUUCCAGUGAAUGUAGUGAAACCCAUCACCCUUCGGGCCAAGAACCUCCCCCAGCCACAGUCGGGCCAGCGGGGGUACGAGUGUGUGCUCACCAUUCAGGGUGUGGAGCAGAGAGUUCCUGCCCUCCGCUUCAACAGCUCCAGUGUACAGUGUCAGAACACAUCGUACUUGUACGAUGGGAUGGAGAUGAGCAGCCUCCCUGUUGAUCUGAUGGUCAUCUGGAACGGAGAUUUCAGCAUUGACAACCCGGCCCAAAACAAAGUGCACCUGUACAAGUGUGACGCACGUCGGGAGAGCUGUGGACUGUGUCUGAAGGCGGACCCUCUGUUUGGCUGUGUGUGGUGUAAGGGAGAGAACCGUUGCUCUCUGAAACAGCACUGUCCUCACCCGCAGAGCAUGUGGCUCGAGCACAAUGGCAUCAAUAGCAAGUGCACGCACCCCAGAAUCACAAAGAUCACCCCGCUUCGAGGACCCCGUGAGGGAGGAACGCUGGUGACUAUCCGUGGUGAGAACCUGGGAUUGGAGUUCAGUGAGAUUAAGGAUUACGUGAAGGUUGCAGAUGUGGAGUGUACACCAGUACCCGAGGGAUAUAUCCCAGCAGAACAGAUUGUGUGUGAAAUGGGAAAAGCGGAGAGAAGCCAGUUUGCUGGAAACGUCCAAGUGUGCGUCGGAGAGUGUCGUCCCGAGUUCAUGGCCAAGUCGUCUAAGUACUACUACUUUGUGAUCCCUAGACUGUUGAGUCUGAAGCCGAGUCGAGGGCCAGUAUCUGGGGGCACCAUCGUCAACAUCACCGGCAGCAACUUGGACGCGGGCAGCAAUGUGUCAAUCAUGUUCAAAGACCAGAAGUGUACCUAUCAAAGGAGAGGAGGACAGUGGAUAACGUGUCGUUCUCAUGCCUCCAUGCAAGGCUACGGAAAUGUGUCUGUAUCGGUGUUCGUGGAUAAAGCCCACAUUCACAAAGAUCUCAAGUUUGAGUAUGUGGAAGAUCCCACAAUCACCAAACUUGAACCUGAGUGGAGCAUUUUCAGUGGCAACACACCAUUGACUGUGACCGGGACAAACCUGGACAUCAUCCAGACUCCUCUCAUCAGAGCCAAGUAUAAGAACUCGGAGACGGUCAACAUAUGUCAGGUUCUGAGUCCCACCACUAUGCAGUGCAUGGCCCCAGAGCUUCCCUACAGUCUAAGCAGGCAGAAGGAAUUGCCAGAGAGACCUGAUGAGUUUGGCUUCAUCCUGGACAAUGUUCAGUCUGUGCUGGCCCUCAACAACACCAACUUCAUCUACUACCCGAAUCCAGUGUUUGAACCGCUUAGUGUGUCUGGGGUCCAGGAGCUCAAGCCAGGGUCUCCCAUCAUACUCAAGGGUAGGAACUUUCUCCCUCCAGCCCCGGGUGGCAAUGGGAAGCUCAAUUACACUGUUCUGAUUGGAGAUAAACCUUGCACAUUAACUGUAUCAGAUACUCAAUUGCUCUGUGAAUCGCCCAAUCUGACCGGCCGUCACAAGGUUCUGGCUCGUGUUGGUGGCAUCGAGUUUUCUCCAGGUGUGGUUCACAUCACUUCUGACAGCCCUCUCAGCAGCACUGCCGUCAUCAGCAUUGCAGGUGCAGGAGGCCUCCUUAUCUUCUUCAUUGUCAUUGUCCUCAUUGCCUACAAACGCAAGUCCCGUGAGAGUGACCUCACCCUCAAGCGGCUGCAGAUGCAGAUGGACAACCUGGAGUCCAGAGUAGCCUUAGAGUGUAAAGAGGCUUUUGCAGAGCUGCAGACAGACAUUCACGAGUUGACCAGCGAUCUGGAUGGAGCUGGUAUUCCAUUCCUGGACUACCGCACAUACACCAUGCGAGUUCUGUUCCCUGGCAUCGAGGAGCACCCUGUCCUUAGAGACCUUGAGGUGCCAGGUUACAGACAGGAACAGGUGGAGAAAGGCCUAAAACUGUUUGGACAGCUUAUCAACAACAAGGUUUUCCUGCUGUCCUUCAUCCGAACCCUGGAGUCUCAGAGAGGCUUCUCCAUGCGAGACCGCGGCAAUGUUGCCUCCUUGAUCAUGACUGUUUUGCAAAGUAAACUGGAGUAUGCAACCGACGUUCUCAAGCACCUGCUGUCUGACCUCAUUGACAAGAACCUGGAGAGCAAAAACCAUCCCAAACUCUUGCUUAGAAGAACGGAGUCUGUGGCUGAGAAAAUGCUAACGAAUUGGUUCACUUUUCUGCUUUACAAAUUCCUCAAGGAGUGUGCAGGGGAGCCCCUCUUCUCUCUUUUCUGUGCUAUAAAGCAACAGAUGGAAAAAGGCCCUAUCGACUCUAUCACCGGAGAAGCCCGCUACUCACUCAGUGAAGACAAGCUCAUCAGACAGCAAAUUGAUUACAAGACUCUGGUGGUGAACUGCAUGCAUCCAGACAAUGAGAAGAGCCCAGAGGUGCAGGUGAAGGUGCUGAACUGUGACACAAUCAGCCAGGUGAAGGAGAAGAUCUUGGACGCAAUCUACAAGAAUGUUCCCUAUUCGCACCGACAAAAAGCUUCCGACAUGGACCUGGAGUGGCGUCAAGGCAGAGUGGUACGAGUUAUCCUUCAGGAUGAGGAUGUUACCACAAAGAUCGAGGCUGACUGGAAAAGACUCAACAUGCUGUCUCACUACCAGGUGUCUGAUAAUGCUGUCGUAGCUCUCGUUCCAAAGCAGGUCACUGCAUACAACUCUGUAAACAACUCCACUGUCUCCAGAACCUCUGCUAGCAAAUAUGAAAACAUGAUCAAGUACACGGGCAGUCCGGACAGCUUGCGUUCCCGCACACCCAUGAUCACACCUGACCUGGAGAGUGGCGUUAAGGUGUGGCACCUGGUAAAGAACCAUGAGCAUGGAGACCAGAAGGAGGGAGACCGUGGCAGCAAGAUGGUCUCUGAGAUCUACCUGACCAGGCUGUUGGCCACCAAGGGCACUCUACAGAAGUUUGUGGAUGACCUGUUUGAGACCAUCUUCAGCACAGCACACAGAGGAAGUGCCCUUCCUCUUGCUAUCAAGUACAUGUUUGACUUCCUGGAUGAGCAGGCCGACAAGCACAGCAUUCACGAUCCGCACGUCAGACACACAUGGAAGAGCAACUGUCUACCUCUACGGUUUUGGGUGAACGUGAUCAAGAACCCGCAGUUUGUGUUCGACAUCCAUAAGAGCAGCAUCACGGAUGCCUGUCUGUCUGUGGUGGCUCAAACCUUCAUGGAUUCGUGCUCGACGUCAGAGCACCGCCUGGGAAAAGACUCCCCAUCUAACAAGCUGCUGUACGCCAAGGACAUUCCCAGCUACAAGAGCUGGGUGGAGAGAUAUUACUCCGACAUUAGUAAGAUGUCUGCUAUCAGUGACCAGGAUAUGAACGCAUAUCUGGCAGAGCAGUCUCGCAUGCACAUGAAUGAGUUCAACACCAUGAGCUCCCUCAGCGAGAUUUAUUCUUAUGUGGGCAAAUAUACAGAAGAGAUUGUGUCUGCACUGGAACAGGAUGAUGGCGCCAGAAAACAAAGACUGGCCUAUAAACUGGAGCAGGUGGUCGCCUUCAUGAGCCUGGAGAGCUGAGGACCACAUUUCCCAGAGUGCACUGGGAGAUCCAACAGAAACCGAGCCGUGCCUGAGUGAAGACCUGUCCAUCUAUCUCAUCUCUUCUUUUUGCAAUCUUCCCACAAAAACAAGCGUUUGCAUCAUAUUAGCUCUGCUUCCUAGAAGAGUAGAGAUGGGAACUAGAGGGUGGACGGAGGAGCCAAGGACUACAUUACCCAUAAUGCAGUAGACUGGGUAGCCACCUGGCUCUGCUGUGUAGAGGGGUGGCUGCCUACAAGUUCCUCUUCACUGCAUCCUCCAUCCUUCUUCCUGACUGGAAAAAAAAAAAAAAAAAACAUUUCUGUUGCCUUCAAAGUUUAGCUGAUAAGCAGAAACCACAACGUUUGGUGUCAAUUUGUUCUGACUUUUAUGACUAGGGUAGUGUACGGCACUAAUAUAGAGUCCAAUUCAUUGUAGUACCUUUAUUAAACACUGAAACGCAAGAUUAAAAAAAUUGGUACUGCAUGCAUCUGAAGAAUGCAGACCGGUCAGGCCAUUUCAAAAGACACAAACACCCUGAGGACCGUGGAUUUAUGGGACAUGCAAGAUCAUUUAAAUGCUUUGACAAGAGAACAACCAAGCCUGGAGAUCCAACCACGAUCUAUUUAAUAUCCUCGGAGUGUCGCGGGAUGCAACAAGUUAGUGCUUCGAUUAUUUUGUCUCUUCCAGGACCUUACUUGACAGUGAAACUGAAAGACAAGACCUGUCAUCUUGUGGUAUACCCACAUCUUCACCACUUCACCCCCAGCCUUCAUUUCGGCAUUUAUCCGGCUUGUGCACAUCUGAAUUUAACCUCUCUUAUCUAGAUGAUUGGAGAAAAAGCCAAGGUUUGAUCCCCUUAGAAGCAAGCACACACUCACACACCUCUUUCAGAGAGUGACGCCUUCUCUCUGUACUCCAGCGAAGUCGCCAGGACCUACGCUGUGCUGCAAGAGGACAAAGUAAUCCUGACAACAAAAAAAGCACACGUUCAAUAGGUGUCUCAGUUCACACAUCCAGUAGGGGGACUUUAAUUACAAAAUAUCCUACUCAGAAUUAGCUGUCAAAGGGGGGGAAAUCGUCGAAAGUGCACACGUGCAGCCACGUGCAGGGUCCCACCCAUAACGAACACUCUGGAAGCCUCUAGAAAAACCCACAUGUGGACAAAGCUGGUCAGCAGAAAACCAAAGGAGCCCAAUUUAAAAAAAAUAAAUGACCCCUGAGAAAGCAAACACAAGGCACUGUUUGUUUUAUGACCUGCAGAACGAAGCUAACACUCUGUCUGCAGCCUCAUAUUUGUUUCUGUCCUGAUUUGUGGUUUAAGGGCUUGCUGCAGUUUAAGUCUUGAGAUAUGAAUCCAACCUAGGCCUAAAAAGUAUUGGAUGUAACUUUGACAAAGGGAAAGAGACGAUUUAGCUGCCCUCCUUUCCUCUGUCCUCUGACCCCCUCUUUCCUCUUGACAGCGUACCCUAUGUGGUGAUGUGAAUGUGUGGAGAAUCAGCCCAGGUCCGCCUUGGGUGCUUUAUUGGCUUUUUCAGCGCAUGUAUUUCAAUUUAAACGUAAAAAAAAAAAAGGAAAAAAG